ACAUAUCCCCUAAUGGGGAUACAGUCACGAGGAAAGGAAGGAAUACGCAUGUGUUUGCAGUGCUAUCAAGGAUGUGUUCCGAAAUUUACUGACAGUACUGUAAACGUAAUUACAUCUCUCUUAGAUGCGUGUGGAUGAAUACGAACACAGUGUUGGUGCAGUACUGGCAGUAAUAUUCGGAAUAUACCUCAAGUGUAAUCAAGUGCUAUAUGUAUAACAAUCCCGUGCGCACCUGUACGGUUUGAUUUGGUUUGUUGCUUGAAUUGCCAUGUAGUCAGUUACUUAAGCUGAUUCCACGCGAUAGAAAGGAAAAAGGAAACCUCUGACCUUUUCCACAAGAUAACUUAUUUUUUACCUAAAAGGAUGAAGCGGCCUUUGGAGGAUCAGGUAGACGUCUUCGAACAAAAUCCUAUUGUUUUUCUGGAUAUAGCGGUUGGACCAGAGAAAGUUGGGAGGAUCGUGCUGGAACUAUUUAAGGACACCGUUCCGCGAACGGCUGAAAAUUUCCGUGCACUAUGCACCGGUGAAAAAGGAGUAGGGAUUAAUAAAAAACCACUCCACUACAAGGGCUCAAUUUUUCAUAAGGUGGUGCCUCAGUUCAUGAUUCAAGGGGGUGAUAUUAUAAACUAUGAUGGAACGAGUGGUGAAAGUAUUUAUGGAAAAACUUUCGAGGAUGAGAGUUUUGAAAUUUCACAUAAUACAGGAGGAUUGCUUAGUAUGGUAAAUGCACGACAUCCUAAUACCAACAGUUCCCAAUUUAUCAUCACUACUGUACCUUGCUCGCACUUGGAUGGUACCAAUGUGGUAUUUGGUAAAGUUUUGAAAGGUUUUGGUGUAGUAAAAGAAAUAAGUUGCGUUACUACAGUAAAGGAUAAGCCUGUAGAGAAAAUAUAUAUAAUAGAUUGUGGUGAAUUAAAAUGGGGUGAGUGCUGGGGAUUAGAAGAAAAGGAUGGAACGAAAGAUGUUUUUACUGCUUGGCCUGAAGAUUGGGAUUAUAAAAUGUACACUAACAAAUUCACGGAUUCAGGGAACUACUAUUUUGGGCAAAACAAUUAUGUUGAUGCUGGACGAAAAUAUAAGAAAGCCCUAAGAUAUCAUGAAUGGGCUAGAACAUUAAAGAAUUUGCCUGAUGAAGAAGGGCAAUCAUUUAUUGAGAACAAAAUAGUUAUUAUGCUUAACUUGGCUGCUGCCAAUUUAAAGUUGAGGAAGCAUCGAGAUGCGCUGAACUUGUGCAAUGAGGUUCUACAAAUGGAUAAAUCAAAUAGCAAAGCUCUGUUCAGAAGAGGCCAAGCGUACAUGGGCUUGAACGAAUACAACCUCGGGUUGGAAGACUUGAAACGUGCAGAUCGCGAGUGUCCUAAUAACAAAGAUAUCCAGGCAGAGAUUAGCAAAGUCCAAAAAAUAAUUCGCACCUAUCUUGCAGUUGAAAAAGAAACUUGUCAAAGAAUGUUUAAAUAAAAUUUAAAAAAAUUCAAUUAUGUGAGGUAUAUGAUCUUCAUGCCUCGCAUGAAAAUCAGUAGUAAGCAGCAACAACCUUUGUAAAAAAUUUAAAAAUAUAACGUGUAAACAAAAAUUACUUAAAUAAAUUAUUUUAAUUUUGA